GUAGAAGAGGUGAAGAAGAUGAAGAUUGGCAACCCUCUAGACCGGGACACCAACCAUGGGCCGCAGAAUCACCAAGCCCACCUCCGGAAGCUGAUAGAGUACUGCCAGCGCGGCGUGAAGGAAGGGGCCACUCUGGUCUGCGGUGGGAAUCAAGUCCCUCGGCCAGGUUUCUUUUUCGAGCCAACUGUUUUCACGGACGUGGAGGACCACAUGUUCAUAGCCAAGGAAGAGUCCUUCGGGCCUGUCAUGGUCAUCUCUCGGUUUGCCGAUGG